GGUCACUGACGAAUAAAAAAUUUGUUUAGUAGACUACAUUAGAAAAGAACAUAAACCAAUAAAUGCAGAAUUCUUUUGUAUUCACUUAUCAAUAUAUAAUAUAUGCAAGUGCGUUCAGAGCAGUAUGGAUGAUGGACGGGACGAACGAUAUGGAAUGUUUAGGUUUUCUGGAUCGAUUAAUGGAGUGGAAUAUUAUCUGCAGCUUAUAAGCAAGCCUUGACAGUGUUGCCAUUUGGUUAUCAAAUUUUGUUGACAUAGGAUCCAUCCUUCAAAACUUUGCCGUACCCACCUGAAUAGAAUACACAAAGUGAUGCAGGUUGAUAACUUGACACCAACAAUCUUCUCCUAUAUAAACCUGCGUAGACUAACACAAAUUGUUGCAAAACGCGAAAUCCUUAUAUUAGUAGUGCCUUGCAGUCAAUACUACUGGAUAGUUCAUCCGUUUCCAGAGUACUGUAUAGCGUGGUAAAUUUUUGAGUACCAUGGAUCAGAAUCCCCGCCCUAGUAUUACUUCUUUAGACAACAUUUAUAAUGAAGAAAUCAAGGCUGCGGCUGAUUCGAACGAGAGAAGACCAUCAGAGGCCAGCGAUAUCGAUAAACAGGAGCAGACCAGUGGGACUGCACUCGCAGCACAUGAGCGCUUAGUGGAUGAGGCACUGGAAAGGUCAUCGCAGUCCGCAGCUGCAGCAGUUCCAGUCAUCCCGGUUGUUAAGCGAAAGGAACCACUGGAUCCACUGACUGCCUAUUUCAGAACCAUGAGGGGUGACAGAAUUCGCCGCCGUCUGCUGGAAUUAGUACGCGCCUUCCGAGCGCGGUCGGACCAGAGCGUUUUGGAUUUGGAUUUGCGACCGCCCACACCGGAACCGCACGAAGUACAACCCCUCCCGGAUCCGGCCGCUAACCCCCUUGUUGUACAGUACGAAAUCGAAAACAUACUGGAAGGUUCAGGUCAGGUCCAUCUCGAUGCCGUGACGUCGCCGGAUACAGUUAGCACACCCCGAAAAAGAUCGCAUUCUCGACAGGCUGUUCGGAUAAGAAUCGGUCGCUUGGCUAUACGCGUACCAGAUUGGUAUUUUAACCUUCCCCGUCCGGAAUCUUUCGACCCACACGCUACGAAGUAUCUCGGCUGGUUAACUGUGGUGAGCGUCUUUUUCAUUUACAAUGCGGUGUUUAUUCCGUACCGUGCGGCAUUUUUCGAGCCAUCCGAACGGUUAUGGUUCAUCUGGUUACUGGCGGAUUACAUUGGCGAUUUAAUUAACAUAACCGACCUUAUCAUAUGGAAGCCGUGUAUACGCGUGUUCGUCAACGGCAUCGAAAUAACCCAGACGAAAGAAAUCGUUCGUAAAUAUGUCCGUACACAAUCCUUCGUGUUUGACGUGUUAAGUAUUCUCCCGCUAGACUUUAUCUACCUGGUGCCCCAGGUGGGAAUUAAUCCUUUAUUUCGAAUGCUGCGUAUUUUAAAAAUCUUCUCAUACUGGGAAUUAUUAGACCGGCUUGACCAACUCGUAUCCAAUCCGUAUUAUUUUCGCAUGGCGCGCUUUCUUGCUUAUUCCAUGUACUUGAUCCACGUUAACGCAUGCAUUUAUUACUAUUAUUCGUACCUAUACGGAUUCACUUCUGAAGACGAGUUUGUGUACAAUAACCGGCAUCCGGAUUGUCAGAAUCUCAGUAAGACCUUCCACAAUCCGGUGGAAGAAAGCGACAAACUGAAAUGCAAUUUACCCGGCGAUUAUACGGAUUACGUAUUCUGUUUCUUUUUCUCUGUAUCGAUGGUGACCAUUAUCGGCAACCUGAGUUUUCCCCACACCUUGCCGGCUAUGAUCUACAGUUUCAUCUUGUGGUUUGUCGGUGUGUUCGUCUUCGCCACGCUGGUCGGACAAGUGCGCGAUGUGUUCAAAGCGAUGACGCAUCAAGAAGACGAAUUCUACGAGUUAAUGGACGCCAUUGUGGAGCAUAUGCACACGCUGAAAAUUCCUAAAGAAUUACAGGAGCGGGUACGAACGUGGCUGUUAUACAAUUGGGAGCAGCAACGGACGAUCGAUGAGGGAAAAUUCUUGGAAGGUUUACCGGUACGAAUUCGUUCGGAUUUGGCUAUGGAAGUGCAUUUCCAUGUCAUCAGCAAAGUACAGUUGUUCAAAGAUGUGGAUAAGACGGUGUUGGAGGAAUUGCUGUUGCGGCUCAAACCCAACGUCUUCCUGCCGAAUGAUUUUAUUUGCCGGCGCGGGGAAAUCGGGAAGGAGAUGUACAUUGUCAAAUCGGGGGUGUUGGAGGUGGUGCUGCCGGAUGGGCGGGUGGCGGUGACCUUAACACCCGGCAGUGUUUUUGGAGAGGUCAGCCUGCUGUCGCUGGCCGGCGGCAAUCGGCGUACGGCGGAUGUACGCUCGAAAGGGUUCUCCAAUUUGUAUGUACUGAGCAAAUCGGAUUUGAACGAUGUGAUGAAGGAUUAUCCGGAGACGCUGGAUGCGCUUAGAGCCAAAGCGCAGGAGCUACUGAAUAAGGGCAAACCGCCGCCGGAAAAGCUGCCGCAUCCGGAAGCAGUACAGAUUGUACCCAACCGAGUGCCCACACCGGAAAUGGUGCACGUCGCCACGAAAGUAAUGAAUCCAGGAUCGGCAGUACGGCUGAAAAUCGUUUCCAGCUCCGCAUCCGAAAUGAAAGCACUCCCGGAUGACGACCUGCACUCACCCAGAUCAUUUGACGCGACUGUCAACACUGCCGCUGUGCCUGAUCAGAUUCCCGACAACACAAGUAAUCACACGGACACGAAACUGCAAAUACCCAACGGCGACAUUGCACCCGAUAGAAAACCCGUUGUAUUUCCGGCGGUUCCACCUCGCACGGACACCCUGAACACUGUCACCAGAAAAUCCGGUAGACGCAGGCGAAAUCAAGCAUUUCCACCGGAUGACUCGUCAUCUGAACUGGAAGAGACGCCGCGCGGACCGCGUAUACGGAAGAAAGGUCACUACGUCGGGCACAUCCACGAGAUCCUGGAAUCGCGGUCCAGCAGUUACACAUCGUCCAACAGAUCGAAUAAUAUUCCGUUGAGGACGCUGGGCGGGAGUCUGCUGCCGGUGGUGUCCGGUGAGAACGACGGAGGUGGCAGUCAGGAGGGCGAGAGCGCAGCCAGUCAGAUGGUUAACAUUAAGCGAAGAUCUCUGCGCUCCGAUCGGGACUCACCCGACACCGCCACCUCCAGCAGCCCCGGCACCUAUCAGUCGCCCAUGUCCUCCACCGAACCGGUGCAUUCCAGUGUGUCGGAAAAUUUAUAAAGAAUACUUUCUGCUUGUGUACAAACACUUUAAGAAAUAUUUUUGUACAUAUCUUUACUGUUUAAAGAUUUUAUUCGUAAUUUGUAUGUUUUGUAAGCAAUAUGGCAGUACGAAUGGUACGUAUGCAUGGUU